AUGCCAAUGAAUAACCUUUUAUCAAUACAAGAUAAUAUGCCGUCCUCUUCUGAGGAAAAUAAUUGCGACUCUCCAUAUUCACCGGCGUCAGACGACUUUUCUGUGAAUAACUUGUAUAACCCCUCGACUUUACUGGAUCCAAAACUAGAAGUACUAGACUCAAAUACUUCUCUUUUCUUCAUGACCCCUCAACAAACGCCUACAAGAGAACUUCAACCUUCGGUACAACAAGAUCACCACGUUCACCAGUCCGUUUUCAACCCUGUGCCUAUGACUGACCUUCAACAGCAAUCUUUAAAUAAUUUCAUGUCCCCGACAUUUACACAAGGUAUAGCAAAUUAUACACAAAAAAAUAUGAGCUACCUCGAAUAUAUGAAUGGAUCUGAUGAUAAUAACAUAGAACCAAGUGUCACAUCACCUCAGUCGGAUCGACAUUGUCAUAUGCAGGAUAUCAGUGAUAAAGGAUUGCAGAUUCACGUUCUCGGAGUCCCGCAGACUGGUGCCAAAUCUCGUGUAGAAACACAAAUCAAAUUAUGUCUACAGCUUGUCACGGAUAAAGGAGAAAAAGUGCCAUUAUGGUCACAUUUACGCUUGCCCGAAUAUAUGGUUGCUAAAGAAAAACUCAAAACUAAAAACGCAAGGAAUCCACCGGAUCAAAUGAAUAUCUCAGAAAAAGGUGUGCUAAAUUUAGAAGCAACCGUGGUUUGCGCGAGCGAGAUACCGAAAAAAGUACUUACUUGUCUGGGUUGUGUCCAACGAGAGCGAAAGAGGUCUCAGCGUAAAAAAGAAAACAGGCACGCCAAGGCAAAUUCGAACGCUGCUGCGCCACAAGUCGAUGACGCCAAUAAACCAAUGGAUUUAGACGAUGAAAAGACGAUGCAAUUAGAACAACGCAAAAUUCUAUUAUUCAAUUGUAGUGAGAUCGUUGAUUUUAGUAGUGGUGACACUAUUUUACCAACAAGAAUCACGUGUUAUUGUCGACAUCAUAAUGAGAAAGUUGGGUUCUGCAUUUACUUUGUAAUGAAAGAUUAUACUGAUUCUAUCAUUGCAACUGGAAUGUCACCUCCUAUUAUGAUAACUGACGAUCACAAGUCGUCAAAAACAAAAGUUGGUGUUGGAAGAAAACGACCAAGAGCUGAAUAUGAUCGUAGAAAUUCCACAACAGCGAACAAUCCCAUAAAUUCUACAAAAAGCAAAGCCAGCGAAAGGCAUGCGUCUUCUUCAUUAUCAAACGGUACAAAUGAGCAAUCCACGCCGCCAUCCUUAUCAAUAAUACCUACUUCUGAACCUAAUGGAGGACUUUCGUCUCCAGUUUCCAUUAUUCCCACACAAAAUUCUAGCUUGAUCGCAUCGAUUUCAUCACAACAAUCAACGAUUAAGCAUGAAAAAAACAAUAAUUCACGACAACGUUUACAAGUUCAGCCUUCAUUUGGAUUCAAUUCAUCAUCAUCCCCCGCAUCACCGAUUUCACCAAUGUCACCCAUUAUUCCUCAAAAUUUACAAAAUACCCCAAAUACUCCAAAUACAUCUAGCCAACCCUAUCAACAGCUUGAUCAAAAUACUAAUUUGGCUACUUCAGGCCCACAAGUGAAUUUCCCCGUGGUAGCCAAUAAUGCUGCUAUGAUGAACUUAUCUAUGGCACCCACAUCACUUAACAACAUGAAUCCCAUUUAUCAAACGGCACAAUUACAUCAAAAUCUCGGCGCUCCCAAUCGAUUUAAUAUCUCAGCCGCUCAUCACGGUGGAGGCCCAAUGCGCUUGCAUGCUUCUCACCAUCCUAACCAAAUGCUAAGGAGAUCAUUUUAUAACACUUCUGGAAAUUCCAUUUAUCAAAAUGGUACGAUCAACGGAUACCCCAUACCGAGGAUGAGCAGGCUUAUUCCUUCUGAAGGUCCCACUUAUGGCGGCAUUGAGGUGACCGUUUUAGGAAGCAACUUUUUUGAGGGACUUACUUGUGUUUUCGGUGAAAAUCCAGCAAUUCCUACACAAUAUUGGUCCCCAAAUACACUGGUUUGCAUUUUACCACCAGCUCCAACACCGGGUACAGUCGUUGUGAGUUUUAAGGAAUUUCCUAUAAGCUUGAUAGAUAAUCCGGAAGAAGUCGUCCUUUUCUCUUACACUGAUGAUUCUGAUCGAGCUUUAAUGGAGUUAGCGCUUCAAGUCGUAGGUAUGAAGAUGACCGGAAAGAUAGAAGAUGCACGCAACAUUGCUAUGCGCAUCGUUGGCGGCAAUGAUAACAACAGUAAUUCUGGUAAUUCCAAUGGCAAUGGAAGUAUGAAUGGGAUGCACAGCCAUUUGGCAUCUUUUGCUCGUCAAGCAGGAGAAAAUAAUUUCGAAGCACAUAUUAUAACAACAAUAAGCUUAUUAGAUGUACUUGAAACAGAGCAUGAUAGUAUUUCAUUACAAAAUCGUCAACAACAUACGAUGCUGCAUAUAGCGGCUAUGUUGGGUUACACAAGAUUAUGCUCCGUGUUAAUUGAUCGAGGCAUCGACUUGAACUUACAGGACAAAUAUGGCUUUACUGCACUUCAUUACGCGGCAUGGACAGGUAGAGAGGAGAUUGUGAGAAUACUUAUCACAGCUGGUUCUGGAGAUAUCAUUCCCAAUAUCAACGAUCAGUAUGCUAUUGAUCUAGCCAUAUCUCGAAAUUUCGAUGAAAUUGUUGCAAUUAUCAAUGAUCAUCGUUUGCACGAUUCUGGGGUAUCGGAACAAACGGAAGAAUCCAUUAACGAUAAACAAAAUCAUGAAACAACACCCAACAUUUCUUGGGUAGAUUCGGCGACCGCUAACGAUUUAUUACUAAACAAAUCGGAAGAGGAUGAUGGAAUCGUAAAUGCAGAAGUAGUUGAUAAAAAGAACAUUAAACAACCUUUCUCUGAGAUGGCCACCGAUUUAGCUUCUGCUUCUACUAUUUGGCUCCAAAAAACAUUUGCGCACAUGCAUAUGCCAACUAUAGGCAAACCUUCUCAGAUUAACAUUCCUCUUCCCUACAUUAAAAUGCCUAAUCUUCAAAUGCCCAAUUUACAAAUGCCAUACCUUCAAAACUUUUCUUCCCCAAAGUUUUCAACCAUGAAUUUUGGCACCAACUUAUCAAUUCCAAGACCUUCCAUGCCAUCAAUGCCUUCACUUAACAUGAAUAUUGAAUUUCCAACUUUACCAAUGGUAACUUUCCCCGCUAUAAUACCCAGUGGAUUUACAAGUUUUGUAAGAGAUGAAAAAAGCAUGGCUAAUGGAGGUGACAUGAGUGAAAUGAAUAUGGCACAAUAUUACAAGAAUAAAUGGCUUAGACAAGAUCAACCUGUUCAACAAGAACAAUCACCAAAAGAAGUUGGUCAAGGAUUUGGUAGAUUUGGUUAUAGUUGGCCAUUUUAUGGAUCGCAACCAGUUGUGCCAAUGUAUCAUCACGAACCCGAAGAACCUCGUGCUCCAUCACCAUCACCGCCUGCUAAUAUUUCACGUGUAAGUCGCAAGGUUGGAUAUGAUCUUAGUUCUUUGAAUGAUGAACAAAUAGCUCGUGUGGAACAUCAUGAUGAAAAAUAUAAAAGAUUAAAGAAAGAUAAAAUGUUGUUUUUAUUCUGGGUACCAGUAUUUUUCGUGAUGAUUGCCUUGGCAGUAAUGAAAUACAGUACAAUAGGCAUAACAGAACUUACAUUAUUAAUACGAAAUGUCGUAUAUGAUAUUGUUGGUUGGGUAAAAUUUGAUUAA